CCGAUAUAACCACCACGACUUGACCACGACACCGCUUCUGAUGGACCAUGGAAAUAGACCAAGUCUGCACCUCAAAGUUCAGAGCUCUGGAACGAAUAGCCCUGGAUCCUCUGUAUUUGACUUGCCAGUGACAGCCUCGCAAGAGAGAUAUCAGACUUCCACACCAGCAUCAGCAAAUACCCCAGCGACUUCGACGCAGGACGCUUCCGAGGCGUCGACGACAUCCUUUGUUGUAAUCUCAGGCGGCACGGGCGGUAAUUCAAUAUGCUCUGCCUUUGGAAACGCGUGCUACGUUCUUCCUGUCUCCGACGACGGCGGUUCGUCGAGCGAGAUAAUACGCGUACUUGGGGGACCUUCGAUAGGCGAUAUAAGGUCCAGAUUAAUUCGCCUUAUUCCUUCCGUUCCCGCCUCAUCUCCACUGGAAGCCAUUCGCAACCUUCUCGCUUACCGUCUACCUGCGCAUUAUGCAGAGCGGCAAGCUCGCGAAGAGUGGAGAGAGAUUGUUGAGGGCCGAAGCCCAUUAUGGCAUGGCAUUCCGAAUGAUAGAAAGGAAACUAUCCGUGGCUUUCUCGUUUAUUUCGAAAGCGAACUUCUCAAACGAGCGCACAAGAAUUUCAACUUUGUUAAUGGAAGCAUCGGUAAUUAUUUUUUGGCUGCGGCGCAAGGAUUUUUCAGAUCGCUUCCCUCUGCAAUAUUCCUUUUUUCUUCUAUAACGAACAGCCAGGCCAAUAUAUUACCAGUGGUUGUGACAAACCAUACGGUUACUAUCGCCGCAGAGUUAGACAAUGGAGAAAGGCUCAUCGGACAAUGCGAGAUAUCGCAUCCAGUACCCACUGUAGCUCCGUCAAUCAAUUUUAGUGAAGCCGAUCCAUGGUCACCAGAAGAUGGUCUUGAGACCCAACGUCAGAAUGUCAUGUUUGAGCCACAGGGAAAGGAUUCUUACGAACCUUUGCCUUCGCGGAUAUCGAGACUAUUUUACAUCAAUGCAUACGGUAUGGAAAUUCACCCUUCACCGAACCCAGAUUAUAUAUCAAGUCUGUCUACGCACGAUGUCCUCGUCUUCUCUUGCGGUUCUCUUUGGACGAGUAUCAUCCCAUGCCUAUCUUUACGCGGAGUCGCAACGGCCAUAGCACGAUCACGUACGUUGCGGGCCAAGAUUCUCCUACUUAACACGCAGAACGACAGAGAAACGGAUGGCUAUACUGCGGAAGAUUACAUUCGGGCUAUAACGCGAACUCUCAAUGCCCACUAUCAACAUCGAUCUUAUGGUUUGGGUAGCGCCAGCACAACCUAUCCGGUUUCCGCUUUCAUUACCGAUCUUGUUUACCUUGAAGGAACAAAUAUUCGCGUGAACGUUGAUCGAAUAACGGCAUUGGGUGUCCGGUGCACCCGAGUUCGUUCAGAAAGUGGGGUUACAGAUCCGAAGUACGACGCAAUUUGCGUUAGGAAAGCAAUCGAGGACAUUCUGGCGAGGUCCGAAUGACGGCUCGAUCGCGUCUGACGCUUCUGUGACGACUCAGCGAUUUCUUUUUCUGUUCUUAUUUCUUUAAAACUAUAGGAAACGGGACAUUGAUUCGACCAUAGACCGGGAGGCUGGAUUAAUACCCUUGUAUGGAAGGUGUGCGGUUAAUUUCACUUGGACUGUUCUUUCAACAUCGGGAAACGAAUGCCCGGGGACAUUUCUCCUGAACAUGUCAUCGUGCAUAAAGCAUCUUGAACUCGAAGAGGACCCUCUGAGAGGGAUCCAGGGCUAGGAAAGGCCGACUAAGCACAUCACCAGUGGUUAGUGACGGUUACAGGAACAUCAAAACGAGGUGUUCAGGCACUGAACGCACCUUCCUAGACCUGUUCCCUAAUUGUCAU